AUGAGUUCAGAGAGAAAAGCCUUUGUUAAAAGAGACACAAAUGAAACUAAAAUUCAGAUUGCAUUAAGUUUAGAUGGAGGUGCAGUAAGCAUACCCACAUCGAUUCUUCCUAAAAAUGACAAAGUAGAGGACCAUGCAAUCCAAAAGACUGGAGGACAGGUUAUUAAUGUCCAAACAGGUAUUGGAUUCCUUGACCACAUGUUGCACGCGCUUGCGAAACACUCAGGGUGGUCAUUGGUUGUUGAGUGUAUUGGUGACUUGCACAUUGACGAUCACCACACUAGUGAAGAUGUUGGUAUUGCGCUUGGAAUGGCAUUCAAGGAUGCAUUAGGACAAAUCAAGGGAGUCAAGAGAUUUGGUCAUGGUUUUGCUCCUUUAGAUGAAGCUUUGAGUAGGGCUGUAGUGGAUUUGUCCAAUAGGCCAUUUGCUGUGGUUGAGUUGGGUCUUAAGAGAGAAAAAAUUGGCGACUUGUCAACUGAAAUGAUUCCACAUGUACUUGAAAGCUUUGCACAGCUGGCGGCUAUCACCAUGCAUGUUGAUUGUUUAAGAGGAUUCAAUGAUCAUCACAGAGCUGAAAGUGCAUUCAAGGCAUUGGCUAUUGCCAUCAAAGAAGCUAUUUCAAAGACAGGAAAAGAUGAUGUCCCAAGUACUAAAGGAGUGUUGUCAUAG